AUGCGAGACCUGUCCCUAGUGUCGCGACGUUUUCUGGCUUACUUGGGCUUGGCUUCAAGCUGGCGGACAGCAUUCCAAAAGGAUGCAGUGCGGAACCUGAGAGCAGUCUCGACCUCCCAGGGUGAAGGGAAGUUGUUCUCAGACUACGGCAAGUACCUUCCACCUUGGCUGUCUUCGGCCCUGAAGCAGGAAGGCUUCAACAAGAUGAAGCCAAUCCAGCAGGAGGUGAUGCCACUUGCCUUAGCCGGGCAUGACAUCAUCGCCACCGCUCCAACGGGCUCUGGCAAGACCCUUGCCUUCCUAGUGCCCGGCCUCACACAUGUGACAGAGGUGCAGCGAAGAUCCCGCAGCGACAGCCGCUGCGGCAACGGGCCCAUUGCUCUCGUCCUGGCCCCCACAAGGGAGCUGGCGAUCCAGAUUGGAUCUGUCGCAGAGAAACUGACGAAGCAAGGUGGUGCACGCAAGGAGGAGGUGUCUGUCGCUGUGAUCUACGGAGGUACGCGAAAGAUGGACCAGCUGGCAAGCCUUAGGCGAAAAGGCAACGUGCAGCUGCUGGUUGCUACGGUAGGGCGGCUGCUGGAUUUCAUGAACGAUGUCCAGGGCAUCAAUUUGCGCAGGUGCUCCUUCUUGGUUCUGGAUGAGGGGGAUCGCAUGCUGGAUGAGGGUUUCGAGGACGAGGUGGCCAUGAUUGGUGAGAAGGCGAAGAGCGACAAGCAGGUCCUCUUCUUCUCUGCUACCUGGCCACCCUCUGUGGAGCGUGCUGCGCAGCGCUUGUGCCGCGGGUCGGCGGUGCGUCGUGUGGCCUUGGAGCUGGCACACGUCCAGGACGAUGUGGUGCCCGGCGCCGACGACACAAAUGUCGCUCUGCCUCCCACAGCAAUCCAACAGAUGGUCGAGGUUUGCAAUCGACGCGCCAAACUCGACAUCCUGUUGCAUCACCUGCGAGCUGCAAACCUUCAGAAGUCGAUGCGUCAGGGAGGUGGCAAAGUCCUCGUGUUCGUUCAGACGCGUGCUGCAGCAGAAGAACUGGCAAUUCUCAUCGGCGGCGAGUUCGGCCAGACGUGUGGUGUGAUGCACGGAUUGCGUCAGCAAUCUCAGCGCGAGACGACUCUAAACCAGUUCCGAUCUGGAUAUAUUCGGGUCCUGAUCACCACAGAUGUGCUUGGGAGAGGGGUGGACAUUCCUGACGUCAGCCUCGUGUUUAUGUAUGAUUUUCCAGGCGAUAUUGAGACCUAUGUGCAUCGUGUGGGCCGCACUGGCCGCAAUGGUCAGUCAGGCCGUGCUGUGUCGCUUUUUGAGCCUCAGAACUGGAAUGCUUUCUUGGCCCGGGAACUGAUGGAGGUUCUCGAUGCCUGCCACCAGGAAGUCCCCAUGGAGCUUUGCAAAGUCGCAGAAUCUGCUGGGCGCCACAACGGUCAUGGUCAAGGCCUGCCACCUGUGGAUGAGCAAAGUCCCCCCAUGGCUAGUGACCAAGAGCUCCAUGACUGGCAUGCCUCAGGGAAACGGUGCUGGAGCUAUUCGUACAAUGGUGUUUCAGAAUCUGGCAGGAUAGAGUUUCGCAGCCAAGGGCUUCUGCGAACAAGCUGGGGCUGGGGUGACUGGAAGAUUAUGCCGGCAGGCCCCAAGAAGCACAUGGCCGUCAGCUGGAGUGGCAUCACGGAUGUUUUGGAGCUCACCACCCCUGGCUCCUUCCAGCUCGUUUUCCGUAAUGGCAGAAGCGCCAGCACAUUUAAAAAGAAGACCACGGGACAGCUUCUGCCCGACAUCGACACCUUGCAAUAG